UCCAAUCUGGCAACCCGCGUGGCUACUCUUAGCACCGAAAGUGAAGCAAAGAGAAAAGUGACGAAAGCAACAGUGUGUUCUGCAAUAAAGAAGGUCAGGCUGCGUGUGGUUAUGGAGCGGAUCGGUGAUGUCAUGCGGAUGUGCUGCGCGGUUUCAUCCAAUUGGCAGAUGAAGGCAGCAGUGAGGAAUUCUGGGAAAGGAGCGGUGGUGGCAGGAGGAAGUGCGUUUUUAGGAGGACUGCUGCUCGGACCUGCCGGAAUCGCUGUUGGCGGGGCAGUCGGCGGUCUCCUGGGCUGGGGGAUGACGAGCGGUCAGUUCAAACCGGUUCCUCAGAUCCUCAUGGAGCUUCCCCCUCAGCAGCAGAGGAAGCUUUACUCGGACGUGAUGGCGGUUUUGGGCUCGUUGGAUUGGACCGACGCCGUGCAGCUCAUCGCCCUGGUGAUGGGGAACUCCAGCAUGCAGGAGCGCGUCAUAACCGCCAUCCUCACCUACCUGAGAUACGAUACGGAGACUGAGCACAUGACCAGCACGCACAACAUCAACAACAUCAGCUUUCAGCGCGUUCGUUUUUCUUUAUUUUCUUUAUUUAGCUGCAUGAAGGUGAAUUUUAGAAACUGAAAAAACAGUUGUGUAGCACAUAUGGAAAAGGUUCUCUUAGUUUGAGAAGAAACAGUAAACCAGCUCAAGUUGAAUAAACUCCAUGCUUUAUUUUAGGUUUAACUAAUCUCAUUAGUCAUUUCUAAUGAGUUUAUUACAUUUAGUUAUUUUAGUUUACAUUUUUGUUAUUUUAAACCUGUCUGGAAUCUAGAAAUCAGCAGGUUUAGGCUGAAACGUGUGAAACGAGUUCUGUGCCUUAUCAUUUCAUUACUGCAGCGUGGUUAACUGUGAAGCUUCAAAUUUAAAUCUAAAGCUGUGUGUUUAUUAAUAUACAGAAAUGAUUUCUGUGUCGCUGAAAGAUGUCAGCUAGAGCAGGACAAACGUUAAACUACUGCACAGGGAUGUCAGGGUGUGUCUGCACUCUGGUGGGCGUGUCCUUCAGUAAGACAGAAGCCACGUCCACAAUUAAAAAAAAUGAGCUCAGGCAUGAGCUGCUCUCAUUUCCUCAUAUGACAUGGCAAAAGUUCAGUUUAUGAGCUUAAAGACACGCCCACAUUUUCAUAAUGGUGCUUAAAGACACGCCCACAUGGACACACCCAGUUCCUCUUCUAUAAUUUUAACCCAUAGGAAUUAUUUGUUCUUCUGUUUGUUUCAGACGAAAGUGUGUUCAUCACUGCAGAAAUAUCACACACACACACACACACACACACACACACUGGUGUCCUUAAGAAUAACACACAAUUAAUGCUUAAGGAUUUAACUGUGGGAAGUUAAUCUGCAUUACCACUGACACAUCGAGUUUUAAUUUUAUUUUCAUUUUUGUGUUUCUGACAAUCAGUAGAACGUGCACCUCAAGUUUCAGAUAAAGACACGAGUUUAUUACAUGAUGUAAAAAAACUUUUUUUUUUAUAAAGUUAAUAAAUUGGCUGUUAUUUCAGA